UCGCGUGCAGCAGCGACUUCCGCAGCCACGCACGCGUGCACCGCGCUCCUGCCAGCGAGGUGACAGGCGCUGAAGCAACACAGAGCGUGUUCCAGUUUAAGUCUGUGACUGUGCUAUAGUCUGCUUGGGGAAAAAAAACAUUGCCAUGCAUUACUGUGGUGCCUGGUUAAGGAAACCUACUGAUUAAGUGUCCUUAAAGUGACACAGAGCAAAGGGACUUGCAGCCUUUACAUGCUUGACUGUGAAGAAUGCGCAGGCUGCAAGUUCUGUUUCCAGACUAAAUACAGCCCAUAGUUAUCAUGCUUCAUGUAAUUAGGCCACUAAACCCAGUGUAGUGACACCAGAGCUUUUUCAGUACUAUUGAGAUCAGUUUAGGUUUGUGUAGUAGUGAGAAGGAUGCUUUAUGCAUUUACAGAUGUUUUAAAUUAACUUGAUUAUUCUUUUUAUCAGAACAAUGCAUUUGUUUAUUAGAACUGUUCCGGAUUAAUCCUUUCAGCAAGUACAGUACACAAGUCGACUGGGCUGUCUCUGCGGACAGCCCGUCGCCGUGCGAGCCGAGCUGAAGCCAUCUGGCCGCCAGAUGUGCCACUGCUUUGCGCGGCUCGCCCCGCGAAGGCUCGGGUCCGCCGCGCCGGUUCCGCCCGUCCGGCGGCGAGGACGCGACGCAAAACCCCCGCUUUGAGAGGCUCCUGGAGCCUCUGCCCAGCGCCAAGCAGCCAGGCUGCUUCUAGAAGAGGGUGUUUCCCACCGACCGGGGGGGAGAGAGGGGGGCGGGUGGAUGAGGGCAUUCAACAGAGGAAGAGUUCUUUUUGAAUGUGAUGCCAAGUUCUCACAAUCCUUUGGACCAUGGCGGAAAACAGGCAGCAGAGGAAGAGGUCUGGAAACGCGGAUCGCUCCGGAUCUCACGUCUGCUUGUGGAGCAUGGGUACGACUGCCAGUGCCGCACCACCGCCUGUGUCCGUAGCUCCGCCCAGUGAGUGCGUCCACGGCAACGGGAUGGCCGGCAGCAGGCAGUCCCUCGGCACGAGCCCCCUCCAGACGCUCAACAUCCACAGCAACAAGGCCAAGUCCAUUAUCACCAACAAAGUGGCGCCCGUCGUCAUCACGUACAACUGCAGGCAGGAGUUUCAGAUCCACGAUGAGAUCCUCAAGAGCAACUACAAGGUCGGCCGCAUAUCCGACGCCAUGCCCGAGCACUACCUGGUGCAGGGGGAGUACUUCAUGGUGCAGGACGUGUACAGCAAGGCGGACGUCCUUAAUACUGCAGGCAGCUACGGAGCGCCCAACUUCCGGCAGGUGAUGGGGUCCUACCCGCUGUACGGCAUGGGUCAGCCCAGCCUGAGGGGCUUCACGCAGGUCCUCCAGCGGCUCCAAGCGCAAGGACACCAGGAGGUCAUAUUCUUCUGUGUAAGAGAGGAGCCGGUGGUUUUCCUGCACAAGGAUGACGACUUUGUGCCGUACACCCCCAGGAGGAAGGAAAAUCUCCAUGAGAACCUUCACGGCCUGGAAAGAGGGGAACUGGUGGAGAGCCUGGAGCUCACCAUCAGGAAGGAGCUGCACGACUUCUCCAAGCUCAGCGAUAACGUCUUCCACGUCUACGACGACAUCGAGUUCUUUAAGGACGAGCCGCAUAAGGUCUCCAUCACGUGCGAGGAGGACGUGCACGUGACGGAGGAGGUCUACAAGAGGCCCGUGUUCACCAUGCCGGCCUACAGGUACUACAGGUUACCGCUGCCGGCGGAGGGAGCGCCACUGGAGGAGGACUUGGAUGCAUUGGUUAAUAUACUCAGGGAGAGCCCCAGCUUGUCCCUGGGUCACGACGCGUCCCGGCCGCUGCCUGCUCUGCUCUUCAGCUGCCAGGUCGGAGUCGGCCGCACCAACUUGGGAAUGAUCCUGGGAACGCUGGUCAUGAAUCGCCUGAGGGGUGACUCGCAGCCGCCCUCUAACAAUGAAAAGGCAGCAACGCCAGAGUCCAAACCACUGUUCAAGGUCAUCCAGUCUCUGAUCAGCAAGCUGCCAAAUGGACAGCAGGUCAUGGAGGAGGUCGACCAGGCCAUCGGCCUGUGCUCAGAAAUGCACAACAUAAAGGAAGCAAUAUAUGAGAACAAGAGGAAACUGGAAGGCAUCGGAGAGGAUUAUCAGAUCCAGGGAAGCAGCACCAAAGACUACUUCCUCCACAGAACCAUGCAGAGCCUGGAGCGCUACUUCUACCUGAUUGUGUUUAACGCGUACCUUCAUGAACAGUAUCCGCUUGCCUUCGUGUCAAACUUCAGCCAGUGGAUGUGCUGCCAUUCGUGGCUGUACCGGUUGCUGGCGCACACGGACCUGUCGGAGCUGUCGGCGCCGCCCAAGCUCGUCACCAAAGGAGCCCGUGUGCUGGUGGCUGAUGAAUACUUGGCUCCCGACGUCCUCGGCACAGUGAAGGAAAUGAAGGCGGUCAACUUCAGACGAGUGCCCAAGAUGCCUGUUUAUGGAGUGGCUCAGCCGACGUCAGAGGCUACAGGAGCAGUUUUAGCCCAUUUGACGGAUGAGAAAAGGAAGCACAGCCACGUGUUAUGGGUGAACCUGCAGGAGGAGUUGGUGCUGGAAGGAAAUGGUCAGAUUUUCACCCCCAGAGAGCCCUCAUGUUUGGACCAGCACAUUCCCGUCCCAUCGUCUGACCCAGAGAUAAUAGAGAAACUGGAGACGUCUCUGAAGGAGGAGAUCCUGCAGGCGCAGAAGUGGCUGGAGGUAACGAUGGAGCAGGAGAAGCAGAUGAAGAUGUUCAAGAGCUGCCUGACCGUGCAGGAGAUUUUCAACCAGCACAAAAGCUCCCACCAGGGCCUGGUCUACAAACGCAUCCCUCUGCCAGACUGCAGCGCGCCUGCUGAGGAGGACUUUGAUAAGCUGCUGGAGGCCAUGAAAGGCGCCUUGGCUGAGGACUCGCACUCCGCCUUCAUCUUCAACUGCUCCAACGGCAGAGGCCGGACCACCACCGCCAUGGUCGUCUCGGUUCUGACUCUCUGGCACUUCAAUGGAUUUCCAGAGUUUGCAGAUGACGAGAUUGUGAGUGUUCCUGACGCCAAGUACACAAAGGGAGAAUUUGAGGUGGUGAUGCAGCUGGUGCGGCUGCUCCCCGACGGCCACAGGAUGAAGAGGGAGGUGGACAUGGCCCUGGAUUCUGUCAGCGAGACCAUGACACCCAUGCACUACCAUCUGAGAGAGAUCAUCAUCUGCACGUUCAGACAGAUCAAGAGCAGUAAAACGGAGAAGGAGUGCCAGCAUCUGCAGCUGAGGAGCCUGCAGUACCUGGAGCGCUACAUUUACCUCAUCCUCUUCAACACCUACCUGCAUCUGGAGAAGAAGCACUCAUGGCAGCGGUCCUUCACUCUGUGGAUGCAACAGGUGGCUGCCAGAGCCGGAGUUUAUGACAUCCUCAACCAGCUGGGCUUCUCCGAGUUCGAGAACCCGAGGGAUUCGCCGCUGGCCCGGCUACGCUGCCGCUGGCAGCGGCGGAGCGUUCACUCGCUUCCUUUCCGAGGGGAGUUCGUCUGAGAGAACGCCCCGAAGCCGCACCGUGCUUUUUACAAUGAAAGACGCCGACGUUUCUGAUGUUUCCACAGGAUCCAAGCUCUUUGGCAAGGCUUACGUCUUGCAGGAGUUUUAUUAUUAGGCCUUAGCAGAACGUUUAACAGUAGAACUGAAUUCUUUAAUUGACUAAAAUUUGUAGCUUUUUUUUCGUACUUUUGAAGAUGAGACAGCCAGAAUCGCUUUGAAUCCUGUUUUAACUCAGCCCGUGUAUUUUCUUCAGCUUAUUUUUAAUUUUUGAGGUUGAGGAGGUUUCCUGUGUACAUAUGAGGGUUUAAUUUAACUGAUGACGUCUCCUUUGGCUCGUGCUGAAGCUGAUUGGACAGAUUCUUAUCAUGGAGUGUUGAUCAGUUUUUUGCCGUACUUUUACUUUUUACUUUGAUUUAUGUGUCUUGUUACAGGUACUAACAUUAUAGGAGCAACACAUUACAAUUUAAAGUUGCGUAUGUCUCCAUAUUUGCUUAUACAAACAUUGCGAUGUUGCUUAAUUUGUUUUUUUUUUUUGCAUAGAGGUGCCUAGGUUACCCACGAUGCAUCUCAACUGAUGGGUUUUGUUGAGAUGGGCUUGUUAUGUUUGUACUGUAGUGCCUAAAGUAGCCUUGAGUUGCGGCUCUAACCUCAAAUCAAAACAAGACGUGGGCUCAGAGGUAGGUUUGCAUCUUUCUGCUGUAACUCCACAGCCUUUGUUACUUUUCACUUUCAAACUUAGCUCUUAAUCUGUAGAAUUUGUGCAGCCUCGUUUGCUAGAGACGCGAAAGUAUCUAUAAUAUGUUUGUAUUUUAAUUGUAUUUCCAAGGACCUGUGAGCAAAGAGUGAUGCGUAUCAUCACCGACGUGAUCUUCCAGUAAACUGUUGCAAGUUGUGUGACAGGAAUCAAAUUAUAUGUCUGACUGUAAAAUGUGCGGUUGGAAACAGCCAGACCUGCAAAUUCUCGGUGUAACGUGGGUUAAAAACACUCAGUAUCAAUUGAUGAGACAUAAAUACACCCUUGGACGAGUGCAGCUCUCGUUGGCGUGAGGAGACCUAAGGCGCGUGAUUCACUCUACAAUAACUUAUAAUUGUAUCGUCGGCAAAACAGGGCGAUUGUUGUUUUGCUCCACGCGUGCCAAUCACUGUUUAGCAUAGGAUGACUUUUACUGCAAGGCAGACCUUUAACACUUCUCUCUCUGAGUACGGUUAUUACUUUAUUUGCUAAUAUUUGGUUAGUUCUAGACUAGAUCGAUGAAUCCGGCCUUACUGCUUGAUGCCUUUGUUCCAGUAUGUUUGAACGUGAGGAAAAUGAUUUGUCUUUGUGUGAGUGAUGACACAAGAGACACAUGCAGGUUGUAAUAACAUCCUAAUGUUUUAGCCAUGGUCUUAUUUAAUUUUUAUAAUUCUUCCUAGAAGCCACUUACCAUUUAUCCACUUUUAUUUUUAUUCACCAUUUACUUUCUUUCAACGAGAGUAAAAUAAAUAGAUGUUAAGA